AUGUCACUAGAAGAGCUGAGACGCGAAUGGAAUCACUACACACGCCUUAUCACUGGCUCGGCCACUUCAACGACCUUAUCCGGACUUGCAGCACUUCCCACUGCGGGCAUCAGUUUAAUCGGGGUUAUAAUUGGAUCGACAGGCAUCUACAAUGCUCAAAAGAAACGUGCUAUUAUCGACUACUAUCUUGCUCGUUACGAGGAGCAGCACAAAACUCGUAAGCGAGACGUGAUAGGAUCAAUGGCCUUUAGCGGCACUCUGGGAGUGGCAACGCUCGGUAUCGGAUCGAUGGGCGCUGAGGCAGCGCUGACAGAAGGCAUAUGCCACGGGAUCUUUGCACAGACAGCUGAGACGGAAGUAAAAGUUGUCACUCACGUCAUUGCAGAUGGAGUUGGUCUGGCUAUUGAGCAUAAAUAUCAUAACGACUUGAAGGCGAAAGCAGAGAAAAAUGCUUAG